CGGACGGGAGGUCGGUGUUGUCGGGUUUGGCCGUAAGUGUGAGCAGAAUCACUGAGAGCAGCGAUGACUGCCGAACCGAUUCGCUCGGCUCUGGGCACUGUCUCUACGGAGGACACCUCUCUGGUACUGCCCUCCGACAAAAAACAGCGGACGGGGCAGCAGCGCGUCCUGGAGCAGGUUAACACCAUAAAGAGAAGCAAGUCGAAGAUGGUCAAGAAUGACUCCAUUUCGUCGCCAACAACUCCGGCAUCGGCGACAGAAUACAGUGAGCCUAAAUUCCAGUUCUCACCAACAAAACUGAACGACACACUCUUCAAAUUUAGCAGCUCCAACAUGACAAGCAGCCACAGCAGAAUGACUGGUCGCAGCUUGUCAGUGCGCAACACGGUGAGAAGGCAGACCCAGAACAGCCAGUGGGAGUCUCAGAUGAACUGGAAUGCACAGUCUCAGUCCAAUGGAAUGAGACGCGGUGGCAGCGACCCAGCCUUGAAUAAGGCAGGUGGCACAAUUACCCAGCAGUCCAAGACGAGGUCUUCUACUGUGCGAUAUAACCGAGCAACUGGACAAUCCAUGAGACUCCAGGAGAAUAACCUGCCUGCCAGCACCAGCCAAUCACAGAUCGCAAGCAUCAAACCUUCCCUCAGCCAAUCACAGACAAUUACGAAAGUCACCACUACCAAGAACAAAUCAGAAGCGCUGCGUGCGAGUGGUGCCGAGGGAUCUAUUCCUAACAUCACUCUGCAGGAGGCAGUGGAGUAUCUGUCACACUCAGACAUCAGCCAUCAGCUGUGUGGAGCUUCAUUCAUACAGCACCAGACCUUCACUGAAGACAGAGCCAAGCAAGAGGUUUGCCGUUUGGGUGGGAUUCCAGCUCUUAUUCAGCUGCUGAAAUGUGACAAUCCACAGCUGCAACAGAUCGCUGCCGCUGCACUGCGCAACUUAGUUUUUAAAGACAAAAAUAACAAGCUUGAGGUGGAACGUUGCGAAGGAAUAGAGGCCAUUCUGACCUUGCUCAGAAACACCAAGAUUAUAGAAACACAGAAACAACUCACUGGUCUGUUUUGGAAUCUAUCCUCGGCUGAUGAGCUGAAGCCAAAGCUGAUCAAGAACGCCAUGCCUCUGCUUACAGAAAGCGUUGUGGUGCCUUACAACUUUUGGACUGAUAGCAACACUAACAAACACACUGACCCUGAGGUCUUCUACAACACCACUGGCUGUUUAAGAAACCUCAGCUGUGCUAGUGAGCAGGAGAGGAGGUCGAUGAGGAGCUGCCCAAGACUUAUCAACUCUCUCAUGACCUACGUUAAGACUCAAAUGGAAAGAGGCGAUCCAGAUGACAAGUCGGUGGAAAACUGUGUCUGCAUACUUCAUAACUUGAGUUACCAGCUAGAGAAAGAGGCUCCAGAUCACUUCAAACAGUUCUCUGUUCUUGAUGAGAAACCGAAUGAGAACACUAACAAAAAGAGCCUCUUCAGCCCCAAGAGCACCAAGACCCAAAAGGAGUUCAACUUUCCAGCCAUGGCGAAGGAAGAUCCUGAAGGAGUGGAUUGGUUGUACAACCAAAAGUCGCUGCAGAUGUAUCUGUUUCUACUGGGCUUAAGUCGGAACGAGGCCACUCUAGAGGCAUGCUGUGGAGCCCUGCAGAACCUGACCGCUUCAAAGAGCCAUUUGUCCACUCUGAUGAGUCAAAGCAUCAUACAGAAGCCGCAUGGCCUGUCUGGCAUUUCACACCUGCUGAUAUCAGGAAACCCGGGCCUGCAGAAGACCGCCAUGUCCUUAGUGGGCAACAUGUCCCGGGUGUCAUCUCUACGGGGUAUUAUGGCCAAGGAAAUUCUUCCCAACGUCAGUGCUGUUCUGUCGGCUGUGACACCGAACAUGGUUAAGUCUGACAGCACCAUCGCUACAGCGUGCCGUGUGAUGAACACACUCAUGCUGGCAGAGCCCGACACUGGCAAGAAGAGGAUCAACACCAAACUCGUCGACUCUCUGAGCAUGCUGAGCUCAAAUGUAUUAUUUGACACAGCCAGAAAAUCUGCUGGAAUUCUUCUCUGGAGUAUGUGGGGACAAAAAGACAUCCAGAAUGCGCUGAAAAAGCAAGGGAUGAACAAGGACACGUUUAUAAAUGCCAUCACUGCUUCAGCAUACGAGGAAGCAACACGCAUGAAUGGACACUGAGAGAUGUGCAAUUUUGCAGUGCUGCAAGAAGCCACAGAGUUUCAGAGAACUGCCCUGCUUUCAUAUAUUGCAGGACAUUAUGGUUAUAUGCGGUACAUAUUGUAGAUUUAAUGGGAUUCCUGCAAAGUUUUUGCAAAAAAAAAGACCCUUAAAGUAUGAUAAAGGGUUUGCAUGAUGCUAUAUUCCAGAUGCUUUAUGUGAAGAACAGACCAAAAAUGUACCAAAAGUAAAUAUCCUUUCAGGUCUCUUCAGGGCAGUGGUUCACAAGACUGCGACUGAUUCGUUCAUGAAUUGGACUGAUCUGGAAUUUAGCACACAAGUCAUUUGGAUGGUUUUUAUGAUAUUUUAAUGGCGCUUUUCUAUCGUUUUUAAACGUGAAAUCCACUGAUGGAGGAAUAAUAAAUCGCCCGUUUUUCUGGUCAGCCCAGAUUACCGGCUAAUGUGGCUGCUGUACUGCUAGUACAGGCCUGUUUAGUGCCUAAUACACAGAUAUGCAUAUAUCUAUCAUGGGAAAGAGUUUGUACACUUAUGCUUGACAAACUUGCACUACUGGUCCUGCAGAGUAAUAAAUCCACUCUUAUUCUUCUGCUUUCCUUCCCCUGUCCUCCUGUGCUGUAUAUUGGGGAUCAUAAUACAUGUUGGAUAAAGCUUUUGCAUUUUGGUGCAAUGAGGCCUGAAUAGUUGUCGGUUUCUAAACAUGCUCUUACGUCGCAGUUAGUAAAAACCUUCAGUAUAAAUGCAGCACUUUAUUUCUUCUCGAUGUCCACUUAAGUUGUUCUGAGGUAGAGUUAGGAAUGACAACCAGCAAACACUUUUAUAAACCGUCAGUGAUGAAAUGUGAUUGAAAUAAUGUCAGUCGAAAGAAAAACAUCGAAACAAUGUUAAUACUAAUUAAAAGUAAGUUGGAUGAAAAGUACGAUUUUGAAACAUCAUUGUUGAUUUGAUUUGAAAAAAUCUAGAUGAAAACCAGAGUGAUUCAUCAUUUGAAUGCCUGUUGGAUUGGAACUUAAUGAACUUUCGGUUGCAUUCGCAGCUCUUGAUGUGUUGCCUUUAGGGAUGGGCGUAUCGAUCCGAAGUAUCGAUAUAUCGAUACUGACGCGAGUAUCGAAAGU